AGCUUAAUAGAUAAAGAAUAUUUCUCUGUUGUGCUAAUUCGGCUCUUGGGUUUCCAAAACGUUGGCUUUUCUCCAUCCAAUCAUCAACUUCUCACUGAUUCAUUCAUUCUCGACUUUUCAACCCCAAUUCCAAGCUGUUGAUUUUUAGAUAUAAAACGGCUGACAAUCAGGAACUUAGGUCUCUGCUGCUAUGUCUUCGCCUUUUCCAGCUCUUACCUCUCCUUUCAACGACAAGUACAACGAAUUGUCAAGUUCGUCUUCAUCCCCUUCCAUAGCCACCAGUGAUAUGCAUGCCUCAGCUCUAGCACAUAUUCAGCAUUCUCAAAAUCCCACAUUUAUUUCUCAGUCAUCGAGGGGUUUGGCAUCUUUGCCACCAGUCAAUUCUUCUUUUCUGCAGUCCACAGCUUCGCUUAAUCACACGCAGGGAAAUAAGGAUGGUUCAUGGACUUUAGACCAGCUUCAAAAAUUUCUUGAUAUGCCCGAAAAUGCUGCUGCAGCUCCUGGUGCUCCUGCUCCAAAUCGGCUGGUGGAAAGCGACACUGGUGUCAUCGCAUCUGAGGACCACAAUAAGAAAACUGAUUGGCACGAGUGGGCUGAUGAUUUUAUCAGUGUUCCGGAUCCUAACUGGAGUAAGAUUUUCGAUGAUAUCAAUGUCUUAGACCCCAAACUGAAGGUGUCGAAGCAACUGCCUCAGUUUCAUCAGAAUCAACCUGCACAGCAUGAAGAAUUUUCGAGCAAUGCUUACCCAUCAUCCACUGCUCCUCCUGCGAAGCCCCGUAUGCGUUGGACACCUGAGCUUCACGUGGCUUUUCUGGAAGCUGUUAAUCAGCUGGGUGGCAGCGAACGAGCUACUCCAAAAGGCAUCUUAAAGCUGAUGAAUGUAGAAGGAUUGGCAAUAUAUCAUGUUAAAAGUCAUCUGCAGAAAUAUAGAACCGCCAGAUACAUGCCAGAAUCAUCAGAAGGUAAGACAAUAAGCAACUACGAAAAAAAAGUUACUUCAAUUGAAGAAAUGAAAUCAAUAGACUUGAAGACGAGUAUAGGAAUUACUGAAGCACUUCGGAUGCAAAUGGAAGUCCAGAAGCAGCUCCAUGAACAACUUGAGAUUCAGAGAAAUUUGCUGCUGCGAAUCAAGGAACAAGGAAGGUAUCUGCAAAAGAUGUUCGAGAAACAAAAAAAAGUCGAAAACGAAAAAGGUGUGGCGUCCUCUUCUACCUUGGAUGACGCUCGCGCACCAUUACCAGGCUCAAAUCAUCCGCCUUGCAACAAUGAUAAAUCAGAUUCAAAAGCUUUAGACCAAGGUCACUCCAGAACUGGGAUUGGUCCAGGAAAUGCUAGUAGUAAAAAUGAAAAAAACUCGAAAGCACCGGAAACAGAA